AUAUAAUAAAUACAUGAAGGAGGGAGGGAGAGAGAGUCGCUUCUUAUAUAAGCCAAAGCUCGGCCUAUAUUUCUCGAAGAAGAAAGAAAUUUAGAAAGAAAAAUAAUCAGAGAGAGAGAGGAGAGAGAGAGAGAGGGGCCUUGGCCAUGGCAGAGUUCAACGAUUCCGUGACUGUUGAUGUGGAAACAAUCUAUCUUGGCGGAAAGGUUCCUUGACACGAGUAAUAAUUGUGUCUUCUCUGUGUGUUGAUCCAUAUAACAAGGUAUGAUCAAUAUCAUGACAAGACAUGAAUACGACACAGACAUCACAAAUUCUAUCCCUACAUAUACAACCCUUUUUUUGUUAUUUUAUUUUGAGCAUGGUGAUUUCUUCAUAAUGUUCUUUAUUUAAUUGCUUUUUGCAGGAACAUAUUAUACGAACUGGCUAUGGUUCUGUGUCUGUAAUUGUGUAUGGAGACCAAAACAAGCCAGCACUGGUUACCUAUCCUGAUUUAGCUUUAAAUCAUAUGUCUUGUUUCCAAGGAUUGUUCUUUUGUCCUGAAGCAGCUUCUUUGUUGCUCCACAACUUCUGUAUUUAUCAUAUCAGUCCUCCCGGCCACGAGUUGGGAGCUGCAGCAAUUUGCCCUGAUGACCCUGUGCCUUCUGUCGACGACCUAACAGAUCAAAUUUUUGAGGUUCUCAACUAUUUUCGGCUUGGUGCAGUGAUGUGUAUGGGGGUAACCGCGGGUGCUUACAUCCUUACCCUUUUUGCUAUGAAGUAUAGGGAUAGGGUUCUUGGUUUGAUACUGGUAUCUCCUCUAUGCAGAGCACCCUCUUGGACUGAGUGGUUGUAUAAUAAGGUGAUGUCAAACUUGCUAUAUUUCUAUGGCAUGUGUGGUUUGCUGAAGGAGUGUUUGCUUCACCGGUACUUCAGCAAGUUGUGGCAGGAAGUUCGCGGUAGUGCAGAAGUCCCAGAUUCAGAUAUAGUUCGAGCAUGCAGAAGAUUGCUGGAUGAACGGCAGAGCAUAAAUGUUCUACGGUUUCUUCAAGCAAUCAAUAGGAGACCUGACAUUACUGAAGGAUUGAAGAGAUUAAAAUGUCGGACACUUGUAUUUGUUGGAGAGAACUCUCCUUUCCAUUCUGAAGCUCUCCACAUGACCUCAAAUCUGAAUAGACGAUAUAGUGCUUUAGUCGAGGUGCAGGGUUGUGGAUCAAUGGUAACAGAAGAGCAACCACACGCAAUGUUGAUACCCAUGGAGUACUUCCUUAUGGGGUAUGGAUUGCAGAAGCCAUGUAAGUUCAGUGGCAGCCCUAGGAGUCCCCUCAGCCCAUCUUGUGUUUCCCCGGAUCUACUCUCUCCAGAAAGCAUGGGGUUGAAGCUAAAGCCCAUAAGAACCCGAGUUUCGCCUCACAUUUCAGUCCACAGUGAUAAUACUGGAUACAGUAUUUAAGUUUGUGAUUCGAUGAGUUCAUACUCUUUUUCUUCUUCCUUUUUUUUUUUUUUUUUUUU